CAUUUCGAGCCGGGCAACAAAUAUAUCUAUAUAUAUAUAUAUAUUCAUUCUGAAAGCAACAAAAAUUUGUAUAAAUUCUAAACAAUCAAGAAGAAUGUCGCAGUUUUGGCAACGCUAUGUACGCCCCGGGCUCAGCCAGGUCGGCCGCAAUCUGAACCUGAUCGGCGGCAAUGCCAGCGGCUCGGUGCUCUGGAAGCGUGUCACAUUCCUGGUGGCCACGCCGGCGAUUGCCCUGUGCAUGAUCAAUGCCUAUCGCUCCAAGGCCGGGGAGCAGCCGCGCCAGCCGUUUGUCAAGUACGAUCAUCUGCGUCGUCGCAACAAACGCUUCCCGUGGGGCGAUGGGGAGCGCAGCCUGUUCCACAAUCCCAAUGCGAACGCAUUGACCGAUGGCUACGAGGUCUAAGUCACACAGAUCGGUAGCGCAAGGGAUAUUCUAAAGGGGAUUUAUGAUUGUUUCGAUUACGGGUUCGUUUUGUUAUCUUUUAUCAGCUGUUUCCAGAAUCGAACAGAACCAGCAAUAGCCAGAAGUACCAGCCAAUGACAAUGUAAUACUGCAUUCGCAAGAGAUGUAACGAAAAUAAAACUGAACCGAAUUGCGCACAGACACAAACACACACACGUUGGCUUUUAGGCACCUAACCCCACCCAACCCCCCGACUCGCCUACCCCCGUUAGGGGCGUGGCACGGCGACUUUCGCUUUCGGAAAGUUACACACACGAAUAAAAAAAAAAUAACAUUUGAUUAUCGUACGCAUCUAAUUUGCCAUGCUGCACCUGUACCUCGACUUACAAUUAUUUAUUUUUAUUUAUUUAAAAUUUUUAAUGCAUAUAUGUAUAUUCAUAUACAACAUUAUGUUCAUACAAAACUUUUACGGCCACAAUGCGCAAUUGACCCUGAAUCUUGUGCUUGUGGUGUGCGUGUGUGUGUUUGUGCAUG